AUGAAGAUCGCACUCUUCGCCGUGCUUGUGGGGCUGGUGGCUGCGGCACCGGCCCCGGCCAUCCCAAAUGGUGACGGCAAGAGCGACCUCGUCGCCCGCAAUAAUUGGGGCGGGUCCAAGGACGACGGGUGGAAGGCCGAUGACGAUGGUCACGAUGGAUGGAAGGGCGGUGACGAUGGCCACGACGGUUGGAAGGGCGGUGACGAUGGCCACGACGGUUGGAAGGGCGAUGACCAUGGCCACGACGGUUGGAAGGGCGAUGACCAUGGCCACGACGGUUGGAAGGGCGAUGACCAUGGCCACGACGGUUGGAAGGGCGAUGACCAUGGCCACGACGAAUGGAAGGGCGGUGACGACAAAGGCGGUGACAAGGGACAUGGCGGCGGCAAGAACUGUCUCGCCCGCCGUAAUGGCAGCCCGGGCAUGGGUUCGUUCUACUCCAAGGGCUGGGACAAUGGCGAUGACAAGUGGGACAAGCACGGCGACGGCAAGGGCCACGAUGACGGCCAUGGCGGCGGUCAUGACGGCGGCCACGGUGGUGGCCACGGUGGCGACGACUGCCCCGACCCCUACUCGGAGGAAGACACGACCAAGUGGAUCCUCAACAACCCCAGCGUCCUCGUCAACGUGGUUCUGCCUCUUCGCGACAUCGAGAUCCCCAUCAUCGAAAUUCUGGACGAGGGCAUCGUGCCGAUCAUCAACCGUACAGCACCAGUCCUCGACCUCAAUGAGCGUCCCGCCUUGCUGAACGGCAGCAGCCCCGCGACCAUCUGGGGCGGCAUCACCUCGCCAGGCAUGAACGCCACCUUCCGUCCCGUGCAGGGCACGAACAAGAACGCGGAUGUCUUUGCCUCGAGCUCGCCCGACUCAGCCUUCCCACAGCGCAAACGCCAGGUUGCGAUCAACUCGCAACCGGACUUGCUUCCAGCUGGGAUGUGCACCUACCAGUAUCAGCACGUGCUUGGGGGUGACGGGAGCGCGUCGCGCGGCGCGCUCUGGGCUCUCGAGGGGUACGUGGACCUCGUUGCGGCCGAUGUCCAGCAGGGCGGUAUCGGCGACUGCGGCAUGGGUGCGGCGAUCAUGUCGCUUGCUAGUGGAGGUUGGACGCGGUACAUCAAGAACUCGUUCGUUCGCGUCGGCGAGGGCGAAGGCUCUUACGAGGUCCUCCUAAAGAAGGACGGCGUGACGCAGCGCAUCGCCAUUGACGACCAGCUCCCCGUCCUCACCAACGCCAACCCCAUGUGCUGGCCUUACCCCGGCUUCCAGCCCGUGCUCGACGCCGCCUUCCCAGGCCCAGACGGCACGUACCCGCCUACCCCGAUCUUCUUCAUGCCUCUCUUCGAGAAGGCGUUUGCCAAGUUCCUCGACGCCAACCCCGCCUGGAAGAGCGCCAAGCCCGAGGAGACGGGUUAUGCCGGUCUCGAGGGUGUCAACCCUGCCUACGUCCUCGCAGCCGUCACAGGCGGUACCCCCAAGAGCGUGUGGCGCACUCGCCCAGGAUUUGACGGGCCUAUCCUCUCCGCCCUCCUCACGUGCAUGCGCGGCACUGCGCCAUGCGCCAUCUCCACCGGGAACAGCACAACCCUCGAGGGCCUCGGCAUGCUCGACACCACUGGCACCAUUUGGCUCAACCCAGGCGGUGACGCUGCCAUGCCCCGCGGCUACACCGCCGGAGACACUAGCGGCAUGCUCGCAUCUGACGCACCCGGCUCGAAGAGCACGUUCACCGUCAUCGACUUUGACCAGGUCAAGCCGACGCCCGACGGCGACCGUUCCACCGUCCUCACCUUUGUCGGCAACCACGCGUACGGUUUUGACCACACGCGCUCAACCGACUUCCCACUCCCUGCCAGCAUUGACUCGCUCAUCGACGUGCGCAUGGCAGCGCUCAACCCCUGGGGCUCCAACCCCUGCCAGUGGCCCGGCGGCGGUUGUGGUACCGGUGGCUUGUUCUCCGAGCCGUCCGAGCUCCCAUUCAGCUUCCGGACGCUCGCCAUGAGCAUCGUCGGUGUCUUUACAGUUGAAAACAUGCCCGUCAGCGUAUAA